GAGAAUGUCAAACAUUUGCCGCUGCGAUGCGGUUGCUGGCUUGCAGACCAACUUAGCUUGCAGGGGGGGUUCAUAGAGGCAGGUUUUAUGUCAUUGGAGCAGCCUUGUACAGUACACCGGGUGAGUCGACUUAAAUAUGCCUUGUCCCUCCGAGUUGGGUUGGGAGUCACGCACAAUUCCAAUUCCUGCAUUCUGGUCUAUUCAGUCCGCUAUUUGAACAAGUCUUCCGACCCACGCUCCCCUUCAAAUCUCAACCCUAUUCCUAUACCACGACAAGCCAGUCAAAUAUCAAAUUAAGUCAAGAUGUGUCUCUUCUCCAGCCCCAAACCGCGCCGCCGGCACGCAUACAUCGAGGAAACCUACAUCGCACCUCGACCCGUCUCACGGCACUCUCAUCAUCAUCACGGCCACGGCAGAUCGUCAUACACCGAAGUUAGAAGAACCUCUCGGCCAGUGAGCAGAGAGUAUAUCGCCCCUGCGAGGAUGAGCCAGAGCAGCUACAGACGAAGCGCGCCUGUGGUCGUCGAGGAGAGGAGGAGCACAAGGUCUUACCGUCGAUAAACCAGCAGUUUGGACUGGAAUCACAGUUGGUGCCGGAGGUUCGAAAGCAAUGAGAAGUCGUUUCGAUAAUACGAUUGAUGGUUUUAGCGUGGCGGAGUAAAGGCCAGGGAUGAGCGUGUAAGGUACUAAGGAGUAUGGUUGGUUGAGCGGGGCGCAUUUGGUGGAUUCAUUUUUCUAGCGUAUUUCGUCAUAUUCCAGCGUAAUUUCAUGGUCAGUUGAAAUGUGUGUUAUUUUUGAAGCUCGUGAGCAUCGUUAGCUGUUGCCCAGAUGAACCAAUUGCGUGAUGAUGACGAUCCCACGCUCCGGCCGUUGCAAUUUCCAGACUCCAAGCAAGUCUGCCACGCCCAUAUCGCUUACUCUUCCAGCAAC